UCACGCAACUUGGCAGGUGCACUGUUUUGUGCUUAUGAAUCAGAACAGAAAUCGAAAAACUUUCAUUUCUCAGCUAGUUGAAAACAAAACAGUUUUUGGUGAGUUAAUCUAAUAAUGCUAUUGCAGUCUUGUGCCGGGAAGCAAAAUGUUUAGUUUCAACAAGAAACCAGUUCCUCCAAAGCGGGAAAAGAAGCGUGACCCAACGGAGUUUGGUCUAUUCGGCAUUAGCGAUGAUAUUGGCGUAGAUGUCGAUGGCAACCAAGAUGAUUCAGACGAUGACGGUGAUCUGGAAGCGGAACUAGCUGCCAUUACCUCCGGCGGUGGAUCAAGAAGCAGACCCAAACCAAAGCCGAAAGAGGGAAUAGUUGCCCCCGAGGCGCUGGAUGCCAUGGUGGCUGCAAGUUUGAGAGAUAUUGGAAGCGAUGAAGAGGUUUCCGGCGAUGACGAUGAUCCGGAACUGUUGGGAGAGCUGGCAGAGAUUGCUGGAGGUGCGGUGGCCGAUGAUGAGCCGGAGCUGGAGAGUGCUUCACCACCGAAAAAAUCCGCCCCGGCUGACAAAGGCGUGAAGGAUUUGAUCAAAGCGAGGAUCGAAAUGUACAGCAUGGCGGAGGAAAAUGCAAAGAAAGCGGGAGAUUCCGGCAAAGCAAGAAGGUUUAAUCGAGGAUUGAAGACUUUGAAAGAUCUGCAGAAACAAACUGAUGCGGGGAAAGUGGUAGAUCCUAGCGAAAUACCACCGGAAGUUAGCGUGAAAGUCACGAAUGUUGCGCCCAAACCUGAUGCUCCCAAAAUAGAAACCCCUGAGGAUGUGCCGGCCGUUCCUAUUAGACGAGCUCCGGCACCUCCUCCAAGUGAUCCUGUACCAUUCUUCGAAUCUACUACAAGUCAGCCGCCACAAGAACAAAAAAAUGAAUCAGCGGAGAAUCCACAGCUCAAAACGUUGACUGAAAGAAAAAAUCAAUACAAAGCAGCUGCGAUUGAGGCAAAAAAGCAAGGAGAUACAGAAAAAGCAAUUAAAUUUAUCAAGAUAGUGAAACAAUUUGAUGUGGUUAUACAAGCUCUAGAGAAUGGUCAGGAAGUUGAUCUGAGUCGAAUGCCUCCGCCACCAGCGGCAUUCGAUAAGCCACCGUCGACAUCAGCGCCUCCUGUUGUCCCACCGCCUGUGCCUCCUCGACAAUCUCGGAAAGAAGAAGACCACACUCAAAAACAUGCCGAAGUGCCUACCGAAUCCACAGAUCCUGUUGCUCAACCGCAAGAAAAUGAAGCGGCGGAGGAGGAGCAGGAUGAGGAAGUUCUCAUUCAAGCGUCUUCUGUUUUGGAAGCUCUUCAACAGCGACUUGAAAAGUAUAAAUCUGUCGAAAAAGCAGCCAAAGAUGAGGCCAAUGCUUCGAAGGCUCGCAGAAUAGGACGAAUUGUGAAACAAUAUGAGGAUGCAAUCAAACAGCACAAGGCUGGAAAGCCGAUUGCCGUCGAGGAUCUUCCGACGCCUCCGGGGUAUGCACCGAUUCCUGUGGAUGAACUGGCGACGCCAAAACCGGUUCCAUCGCCACGACCAGAGCCAAAAGUUGUUCCGGUAACACCGCCCGCUCCUGGUCCCAGUAAGGAAACCAGAUCACCCCAUACUCAAAAUGAUAAACAAAUCGCAUUGCUGCUGGAGCGUCAGAAAGAAUUUCGCCAGGCCGCACUGGAUGCAAAGAAAGCUGGCGAACUGGAUGAGGCUAAGGAGUAUCUUCGGGUGUGCAAGGGGUUGGACAAACUGCUAGAGGUUGCCCGCGGUGGAAUCCCAAUAGACAUGAGUACCAUUCCGAUAGCGCCUUCCAAACGGUCCUCCUUGGAGGAUUCAUUUACGAUUGUCGCUCAGGAGGAUUGCACGACCGAGGACUCUGAUCUGGAUCUGAGAACGCGCAUGGAGGAACAACUUUCGAAGCAGUUGAUUAUGUGCAAGAACACUAGGGAUCAUCACCGAGCGAUGGGCGAUGUUGCUGGGACGAACCGAUUCGAGAAUCUGGCUUUGAGCGUGCAGAAGGAUCUAGACUUUGUAAGAUUGGCGCACCGGAAAAAGCUGCCGAUACCAAAGUUCCAUUACGAGAUGAAGCAGUUCAAUGUGGUUAAAUGUAACACGGACCUCACGGAUAACGAAGUGGAAGUGACUAUCGCUAGGGGCAUCAACUACAAUGUGCCCAAUCCAAAGGAUGUGGAUACUUAUGUGAAAUUUGAAUUUCCCUAUCCGCAGGAUCCAUUGAAGGCGAAAACCAAUCUAGUGAAAGACACUGACAACCCGGAGUACAAUCAUCGACAGAGCAUCGAGAUACAGCGGAAUCAACGAGCAUGUCAACGUAUUUUCAAAAGACUCGCGCUCAAAUGCGAAAUCUAUUCGAAAAAAUGUUGGGGUGCUGGAUGCUGCUGUUGUUUCCAUUGCCUUCCGUCAACGUCAAGAUUUUUACCUUCCUCCUGUUUCAGUGGGUUCCUUCGGUCCGACACUCUGAUCGGCACGGUCACGGUGAAACUGCUGCCACUGGAGACACAGUGUGAGAUUCACGAUUCGUUCCCGCUGAUGGACGGUCGUAAACCAGUUGGUGGCAAACUGGAAGUGAAGAUACGUGUUCGGAAUCCUAUCCAGGCGAAGCAGAUCGAACAAAUCAACGAAAAGUGGCUGAUCGUCGAUGCAUGAGUUAUUGGACCGGCCAAUCCACCAUUCGGACAACGAAGCAUCGUUGCGGAUUAAAAACCAACGACAAACACUAGUAGCAUGAUCAAACUCUAUACACACAACAUACGGCACCGCAAAGCUGGUGCUUCAGUUUUACUGGAACACGCAUCGCGACAAUUGUUGAAACGCUUGAAAAACUGUUCACUGUUGAGUGCUGCUGUGGAUUAAAAAGUUUAGAAGAGAUACUUUUCUAAUCGGCAUUUUGCUUCUUUAAAAUAUCCGACAGCAGGACAGUCUUGUGAUAAUGCAAAAGAAAAGAGUCAAUAAGCCAAUAAAAUGAAAAUGUUACACA